ACCAUCACGCGCAGGUACCGUACCACUCUCCGCAGCGGCCCAUGCCCUCCGCGCCUCCGCUUCAACCAGGUAGUACAGUAACCGUAGCCAUAGCCAUAUAACCAUACCUUGAUUCAACCACAUGUAUCUUUCUUCCACCACCACCACCAACCUCAACACCAACCUCACAUCAACAUCAAACCCCAAAAUGACCACCCCCCUAACCCUCCACACUUACUUCCGCUCCUCCUGCUCCGCGCGACUCCGCAUCGCACUGAAUCUAAAAUCCCUCCCCUACGAAUCCAUCCCCAUCAACCUCCUAAAAGACGAGCAACAUUCCACACCAAACACCACCCUAAACCCCUCCGCCAGCGUCCCCACCCUCAUCCACCACCACGAUAACCAAAACCAACCCUCCUUCAAAACCCCCACCAUAGUCCCCCAAUCCCUCGCCGCCCUCGAAUACCUCGAAGAAGUAUACCCAGAAGCCCACCCCCUCCUCCCGCCCCUCACUUGCCCCGAAACCCGCGCCACAGUGCGCACCCUCGCCAACAUCAUCGCCUGCGACGUGCAACCCGUCACCAACCUCCGGAUUCUGAAGCGGGUUGCGCCGCUGGGUAUGGACCGAACAACCUGGUCGAAGGAGUUAGUGGAGGAGGGGUUCAGAGCGUAUGAGGAGAUCGCGGCGAAGAGUGCGGGGGUGUAUAGUGUGGGUGAUAGGAUUACGUUGGCGGAUGUGUGUCUUUUGCCGGCGGUUUGGGGGGCGGAGAGGGUGGGGGUGGAGAUGGGGGAGUUUCCGACUAUUGAGAGGGUGAGGGGGAAUUUGGAGCGGGUGGAGGAGGUGAGGAGGGCGCAUUGGAGGUGCCAGGGGGAUACGCCGGGGGAGUUUAGGGUUGGGUUUGAGGUUGAGGUGUGAGUUGGGUUGUGGUGGGUGUUGUGUUUGUGUGUUGUUAAUUGUGUUUGGGGUUGUGUGGAUUGAUUGUGUGUAGUUAAAUUGAUUGAUUUUGGGUGGGUGGGGGAUGAAUGGAUAUAUGGUUUACUUGUGUUGGUUCUGGUUGAUGGUUCGGUGGGUCGGAUGUUACAUCUAUACUUUAAGUUCUCCAUGGCUCCGCGGAAGAUCCUUCUGGAUCAAUGUCAUUCGUUGGUUUCACUUCAAGGCAUAAGUGGUUGUUAUCACACUGUACUAUUGGUCGAUGGAUACAAUUUAGAAU